UCGUUUGGUGAUUUAUAAUAAAUGUAAUUGAAAAAUUAGCGAAAGAUCGAUGGUGAAACUUACUGGUUUUUGUAGCGUCGAUCGAGCGCGCGAUGAAACGCCAACUGAUUCGAUUAAUCUAUCGCGAUACGUGAAUGGAAAAAGCUUCUCAUUCGGUUUAAAUGUUUUGGGAAUUCCACAAUAUCUUUUCGCAUCUUAUCAGAUCGAAUGAAAUAUUGUAAUACAUCGUGGAAGCUUCAAAGAUUGUGUAAUGAAGUUGAUGUUCUUCAUUUGGUAACACAUAAUAGUCUCGUUUCAGAAUGAUCGACAACCGUGACGCCGUCUUUCGUAAAAUUCGUGAUAAAAAAAGCUUGAUGGACAACGAAACUUCGUUACACGAUAUAUCUCUAAACGAGGAGUACAUUCUUGACAGGACCGAUGUCAGAGUAAUUUUUAUUACGCUCUAUUCCAUCGUCUUCGUUUUCUGCUUUAUCGGUAACUCGAUGGUAAUCUUUGUGGUAACAUUUUCACGGCGAUUACGAAGUAUUACCAACUUCUUUUUGGCGAACCUGGCAGUAGCCGAUUUCUGCGUCGGUAUCUUUUGCGUGUAUCAAACGUUGACAAAUUACCUAAUGAACAGUUGGCGACUCGGCGAUUUUCUCUGCAAAGUAUACAUGUUCGUCCACGCGCUUUCCUACACAGCCAGCGUAUUAAUCCUAAUGGUGGUUUGCAUUGAACGAUACUUGGCUAUCGUUUACCCGAUUAAGUGCAGGUCGGUGCUGACAAGAAGCCGACUACAACUGGUAAUAGGAAUAGUUUGGAUGGUUGCCGCGAUUUAUGCUUUGCCGAGAUUCUUCUAUGUUGAGACCAUACAGAAUCGUUUAAUUACCGGCGACGUGGACAUCAUUUGCAUAGCCAAUAUCCAGAAGCACAACAAAACUUUGUUAGACGCCGUAAAUCUCGUCUUUCUUUACUUACUUCCGCUACUUCUGAUGUGCUGCCUUUAUACGAGAAUCGCUGUCGGGUUAUGGAGAAGCGGCACUACCCUCGGAGGACCGAAUUUGGCGACUAAAAGCAAAAAUGAUAGCCUCCAUCGUGUUCACAGUUCCGGUAGGAAUGUGCUUCGCGCCAGACGCGGUGUAAUAAGAAUGCUAAUCGCAGUGGUGGUGAUGUUCGCCGUAUGCAAUCUGCCGCAACAAGCACGGAUCGCCUGGCGCCACUGGAGCUCGAGUUAUGAUCGAUCAUCGAACUUCAGCACCCUCCUAACCUUAUCCACUUUUUUAAUUUCCUACACAAACUCUUGUCUGAAUCCUUUUCUAUAUGCUUUCCUCUCGCGAAACUUUCAAAAAGGAAUAAGAGAACUUCUGAACUGCGGAAAGACAAGAAAUCGGAGCAGCGUUUUGGUCAUGGGACGUACCGCAAGAGAAACAGCAACGCGACAAGAAAACGACGAAGGGAAUGUAAAUGAUUUUCGGCGAAGUUUACUGGUCUGUCUUAGUUCUAAUCGAGACAGUUCUGUUGCAGUUCCACCGAGUACAGAGCAAACCAUUUACGAAAAAUCCAGUUACUAAUUAGUUUUAUUGGUAGAACUUUCAGCUGCGCUCCAUUCACCAAACCUUUCGAGAUUAGGUUAUUAAGAGUAUCUUUUUUUAAGCAGAGUCCGACGCAACUGAAACGAAGAUCUUCCUGUCGAAUGACUUUGUUCUUUCGCUAGUUCGAAACGAAAUCGAUCCUAUUCGGGUACGUUCGUGCUCUUUCUCGUUGUAUAUAUAUACUGGGUGUUCGGCUACUGAUUUUACAUAAUUUAAAGGGUGAUUCUUGACGUCGAAAUAAGACAAAAAUCAAGAAUAAAAAUAUUGCGCUCUCAGUUUUGAUUUUUAGUUAUUGACAAUUACAAUGUUUGUAUUAACAACUUCCUUCUUUCUCUUUUUACUGUUAAUACGAGGUACGAUAACGUCGUGAUUUCACAUGAGACAGGAAUACAAACAUGCGGAAAAAUACAUUAUAGUUUUCAUAUUAUUUUUCAGAAAAUCGAUAAAAGAUCAGAAGGCAACGAAUCAUAAAGAAAAUUUUACAGUUUACAGCUUGUAAAUUAGUAAACUACUGCGUAAGAGAAUUCAGACGUAAUGUAAUAUCUUUGCAGAGUUGAUCGACAAUUUUCAGAAUACUGAACCAAUACUGCAGAUUCAUGGUUGCCGAGUUUUCCGAUUACACGGAAUUUGCAUUAAUCUAACUCGUAUUUGACAUUUGGCAUCGGCACAUGUGGUUUUAGCAGACAGACAUAUGGAUCUUUACGAGAUCAUACAUAUUCGACGAGAAUAGGGGAAAAAAGAGAUGAAAAUUUCAUUGAAAUACAAGACUCGUUAAUAGAACCUCGGUUUGUUACAUCGACUGUUGGUAAUAGAAAUGAAACAAAAUAAAAAAUAAAAUCAACGAAUGAAUAUCAGAAGCAAAAUAUGAUAAGUAUAUUUUUAUUAAUACUCUGAUUUUAAUAUUAUUUCAUGAAUGUCGAGGAUUAUUAACGUAAUGAAUAAUUAAUUGUCUAAAUACUUUUACAAUCUCUGUGUAAUACUUGCACUAAAUGUCUUGUAAUUUCUACAUAUAUUUUCAGAUUUGUUUCAAACUUUACUAUCAUUUAUCGUGAUAGUCGGCCUCAUAACAGUACUAAUGACGUUUCAAAAUGUUCCGCGCAACACGUAUAAUAUAUUCAUAAAGUAAAUCUGUAAGUGAAUACUUUCAUAAAUAACUGUAGUCACAUUUUGUUAUUGUGCGAACACUUUUGGAAGUAAUUAAAUAUAUGUAUCAUAUAGAGUUUCAUUAAA